AUGAGAGCCUCCGGUGACACGGCGUCCGUCCUCUCGGGACUUCUCGUCUUCGUGCUGUGUCUCGUCGUCUCCCGCUGCCAGGACGAAUUCUCUGGACUCAACUCAGGUGAGGAUCGCACCGAUGAAGGAUCUUUGGUCAAUCACUACGACAACAUGGCCGCCCCUCAACCAGAGUUUCCCCCGGAGCCGGCCCACUACGACGAGGACUACGACCAGUCCGGUCCCACCCCCACCCGGGUCACCAUGAUCACCGGGGACACGUUCCCGUACGCCACCACCACCGAGUCCCACUACGCCAAGGAGGACACGGAGACCAUGCAGGUCCCGUACGAGUUCCCUGCAGGGCCGGACACCGGCUCCUCGGAGGAGUCUGGGGCCGAUGCGGCUCUCGGGGAGGAGGGGCCCACGGAAUGUGACUGUGAACCUGGACAACCUGGAUUCGCUGGCUUCGCAGGACCGAAGGGAUCCAGAGGCUUCCAGGGUAGAACCGGGGAGCCAGGCACUCAGGGCCGAGAGGGUUAUAAAGGAACCAAAGGAGUUCGAGGAAGAGGAGGAGACACCGGACCUCUUGGCGAUGUUGGGCCUGAAGGAGACGACGGAUUCUCUGGUUUCUCUGGAGCCAUGGGAGAACCUGGACUUCCAGGAGACCCAGGCGAGCACGGAGAGCUGGGUCUGAAGGGCGACGUCGGCAUGGAGGGACCGCGAGGAGGCGUCGGAGCUGCUGGUGAGACUGCCCCCCGUGGUGACGCUGGGCCUCUAGGACCAAGGGGAGGUAAAGGUAUCAAGGGCUCUCGUGGUGAUGGAGGCAAAGAGGGUCCACACGGACGCGAUGGACAGAAGGGUCAAAUCGGAGCACCCGGGUUUCCUGGUGACAUCGGAGACAGAGGCUACAAUGGUUACCCUGGACAGCCGGGGGGCUUCGGACCCUCUGGACCAAAGGGAGGUCAAGGUCAUGACGGCCUGCCGGGCAGCAACGGUGACCCCGGAGAAGAUGGUCCCAUAGGAGUCCCGGGGCUGAUGGGAGAGCCGGGGCCGUUUGGUGCUAAGGGGAGUCAAGGGGAUCGUGGUGUGAGAGGUCCCAGGGGCAGAGCGGGCGCUGUGGGAACUGGAGGAGAGCAAGGGGACGCUGGAGUGCCAGGGAAACCAGGACCCAAGGGUCUGAAGGCCCAGCCAGGUUCCAAAGGGGAGACGGGACCUGAUGGGGACAAGGGUUCCGCAGGAAAGAAGGGAAUUAAAGGGGGAAAAGGUCUCAAGGGAAGCGUGGGCGACCGUGGAGACAAAGGACAGCGUGGACCGAAAGGUGCGGUUGGUCGGGAUGGCGUCGCCGGGCCGGUGGGCCCCCCCGGCGUCCCGGGGACCAGAGGAGAACGCGGCUCAAUCGGCGACCUGGGCGUUACAGGCCGAGUUGGAACUAAAGGAGUCCAAGGUCCUUCUGGUCCCGGUCUGACGGAUGAGCAGGUCCUUCAGCUCUGCCGCGGUGUGGUGACGGCCCAGAUCUCCCAGUACGCUGCUUCCAUUCGGGCAAAGUGCUCCCAGGGCUGCCCCAUCAACAACCGGACCCUCAUCGGGCCCCCGGGAGUCCAAGGGCUAGCAGGAGCACCAGGCAAACCUGGCAAAGCAGGGAAAGCUGGAGUGAAGGGAGCCAGAGGUGUUCAGGGCGACAGAGGACUGGAGGGACAGGAUGGAGAGCAAGGUGCCAGAGGUCAAAAAGGAUCUAAGGGCGUCACAGGGGAGCCUGGUAAGGGCCUGGCGGGACCCGGUGGACCACAAGGCCUCACAGGUUUCCCAGGUCACCCAGCCGAGCCCACAAAGGGCAUGGAGGGGCCCCGGGGUCCUCGUGGCUUCCCUGGCUCGGUGGGCCAGACCGGCACGGUGGGAAACGCAGGCGUGCCGGGAUUCUGUGAGGCGCGGGACUGCAGCAUCCAUGCGCCAGUGAUGCGGAAGGAGCAGGGCCUGGUGAAAGGACCUGUCAGUCUGAAAAUGUAACCCGGACCACUGUGGGUUUAAAGAUGGUCCUGGUGGCAACGUGAGGGUUCCUCUCAAUGAUAUUCCACCUGGAAUGAAAACUGAAA